UAACGACGGCUUCACACUCUGAAGGGCUGCGCGCGCACCUACAGUAUAGUUUAGCAUAGUAGUGUUUUUGUAUAUGCGCGCGCGCGCGCCUCAGAGAGAGUUAGCUACUCUGGUGUGGUGAGAAUAGGGAAGCAGACGCUCGGCGCGUGGACCCGCCGGAAGACAGAAGCUGCUUUAGCGCGAGCCGGACCGCCAGAAACACCUGCAGCCCGAACCGCACCAGGACAGCCAGCUGGGCGGAGAGCGGGAAGAGGAGGAGGAGGAGGAGGAGGAGGGAGGAGGAGAGGAUAGGAGAGGAGGCGGCACCCGCAGCGCUCGUCCUCCGCCGCCUUCGUCUCUACCUCCCAGUCUCGGUUCUCCUCACCCUCACUACCUCUCUCUCGGACCGUUUCCUCGUUAAGAUGGCUGACCCCAACAGCGACGGAGAGGCACCAGAGAGCGCGCGCGGCUUCGCCCGCCAGGGAGCCCUCCGCCAAAAGAACGUGCACGAGGUGAAGAACCACAAGUUCAUCGCGCGCUUCUUCAAGCAGCCCACCUUCUGCAGCCACUGCACGGACUUCAUCUGGGGCUUUGGAAAGCAGGGAUUCCAGUGCCAAGUGUGCUGUUUUGUGGUCCAUAAGCGCUGUCAUGAAUUUGUCACCUUUUCCUGUCCAGGGGCCGACAAAGGACCUGCUUCAGAUGAUCCUCGUAGCAAACACAAGUUUAAGGUCCACACCUACUCGAGCCCCACCUUCUGUGACCACUGUGGCUCCCUCCUCUACGGGCUGAUACACCAGGGCAUGAAAUGUGACCAUUGUAUGAUGAACAUCCACAAGCGAUGUGUUGCCAACGUCCCAAGCCUCUGCGGGACAGAUCACACAGAAAGACGAGGUCGCAUCCAAAUAACAGCCCAGAUCAGUCGGGAGACGCUCACCGUCACCAUCAAAGAGGCCAGGAACCUGGUGCCCAUGGACCCAAAUGGCCUGUCAGAUCCCUACGUCAAACUCAAGCUGAUUCCUGAUCCCAAGAAUGAGAGCAAGCAGAAGACAAAGACCAUUAAAUGUUGCCUCAACCCCUCCUGGAACGAGACCUUCACAUUUAAACUCUUUGAAAGCGACAAAGACCGCCGUCUGUCAGUGGAGGUGUGGGACUGGGAUCUGACCAGCCGGAAUGACUUCAUGGGCUCUCUGUCCUUCGGGAUUUCUGAGCUACAAAAACAAGGGAUUGACGGAUGGUUCAAGCUACUGUCUCAAGAAGAAGGAGAAUACUUUAACGUUCCCGUCCAGCCAGAAGGAGAAGAGGGUAAUGAGGAGCUACGGCAAAAGUUUGAGAGGGCGAAAGUGGGUCCAGGAAAACCCACAGACUCUUCUUCCUCCUCGUCUGUACACAAGUACGACAGCAAUGGCAAUCAAGACCGCGUCAAGCUCUCAGACUUCACUUUUAUCAUGGUUCUGGGCAAAGGCAGCUUUGGCAAGGUGAUGUUGGCCGAGAGAAAAGGAACAGAUGAGUUGUACGCCAUCAAAGUCCUGAAAAAGGACGUGGUGAUUCAAGAUGACGACGUGGAGUGCACCAUGGUGGAGAAGAGGGUCCUCGCUCUGUCAGGGAAGCCACCUUUCCUCACCCAGCUGCACUCGUGUUUCCAAACCACAGAUCGGUUAUAUUUUGUCAUGGAGUAUGUGAAUGGAGGAGACCUCAUGUACCAAAUCCAACAGGUCGGCAAGUUUAAAGAGCCUCAUGCUGUGUUCUAUGCUGCAGAGAUUGCCAUCGGCCUCUUCUUCCUGCACUCCAGAGGCAUCGUAUACAGAGAUUUAAAGCUCGACAAUGUGAUGCUGGACUCUGAGGGCCAUAUAAAGAUUGCAGACUUUGGCAUGUGCAAAGAGAACAUGCUGGAUGGAGUUACCACAAAGACUUUUUGUGGGACACCGGACUACAUUGCUCCAGAGAUUAUCGCCUAUCAACCUUAUGGAAAGUCUGUAGACUGGUGGGCCUUUGGAGUUCUGCUUUAUGAAAUGCUUGCUGGACAGCCACCUUUUGAUGGGGAGGAUGAAGAUGAGCUGUUCCAGUCGAUCAUGGAGCAUCACGUCUCCUAUCCCAAGUCCAUGUCCAAAGAAGCCGUUGCUAUCUGCAAGGGGCUCAUGACCAAACACCCCGGUAAGCGGCUCGGCUGCGGUCCAGAGGGGGAGCGAGACAUCAAAGAGCACGCCUUUUUCCGUUAUAUAGACUGGGAGAAACUAGAGAACAAAAUGGUCCAGCCGCCUUUCAAGCCGAAAGCUUGUGGGCGUGACGGAGAGAACUUUGAUCGCUUUUUCACACGCAACCCCCCAACGCUGACCCCCCCAGAUCAGGAGCUAAUAUCCAACCUGGACCAGGACGAAUUCCAAGGCUUCUCAUUUGUUAACCCCGAGUACGCUCAAACAACUCACUGACUGUGCCUCAAAUCCCUGGGUGGCAUCAGAAAUCUCCCUUGCUUUACAUUGCAAGCAAAAUGCACAGAAAGAAAAAAGUCAUCAUAUCAUAUAUCCAGGCUGCAUCAAAGAGGGUGUUAAAUAAGGGAACAUUUGAGGAAAUGUGCUUAUUUACUGUCUUUCCAAAAACCUGUAGAGUAUUGAUGAGGGAUAACAGCAUGUGACCUAAAAAUACAAAACUGUGAAGGGAUUACCUGAUUUUAAAACAGCUUCUCUAAAAUCAUGCUAACUUUGAAUUAUUCGUCAACAUAUCUAAAAUAAGUCGUAUAAUGUUUGUAAACACAAUGAAUUCAGGAAAAUCUAGAGAAAAGUUGAACAAUUAUGCAAUGUAAGUAUACUUAAUAUUUCUUUUUUGCUGAAGCUAUAUGCAACAGGUGGGUGAGGAUGCUAACAAGCUACUAGUUAGCCAGCCACUACUUUAGUGUAUUUGAAGCUGCAACAAAAGAAAUACACUCAAAUGAAGUAAGGGGAUAUUUUAUAAGGAGCUAAAACAAAAUCUUUAAAGUAAGACGAUUGAUGACUUGGGGAUCUACUUAUUGAUUGAUCAAAAAGCCUUUUGAUUAGCAUGAAGCAGUCCAUAAUUUCCAAAGAAAAAAAUACAUUUUUUAAACAUGUAAAUCUUUCUAUAAUGCAAUUAGCUUGUCAAAAAAUGUCAGUUUUUCCUGUCAAAAUUCAGCUUUAAAAAUGUAGCUACAUUUGCUAACUCCAGAAAAACCUUUCGGUGGCCGGUUGCCAAACGACAGCCUCACUAGCUGUUAGCAUCGCUGAGAUAGUAAGUUAUAUAGCAAUAUGUUCAAAAAUUGCUGUGUUCCUUAGAUGUUUUUGUUUUUUGGGGCAUACUUGAAAAAAGGGGUCUAAGAAUCAAGGAAAUUAUGUUGCCUAAUGUAUCCAGACAAAGCAGAAAGAGUUUGUGCCUUUCAGCUAUACUGUUAUUGUUUUUCCUACUAAACUUUCAAAAUGACUCUUUUGGAAAGAUGACAAAUAAGUGCAUUUGUCCAAUUUGUCCCAUUAUUAAAACGACGCUCAGAUGGAUAUGUGCACGAGUGAAAGCAAACAGCCAAAACAAUAACAUAUUUCUGUGUCAAGGUGCAAGUAAGAGAUUCCUCUGUCCUCCAGCGGUGACAUUGUUCUGGGUCUUCUGUAGUUAGACAAGUGACUGUUGCGUUUGUUCCAGCUGUAACGGCUGGAUCUCCACCCUGGGUGCAGAAAUGUUGCUUGCUUUCAAACACUCCCUGGCUGCUCAUGUCAGCAGGUGGAUGUCAAACCCGUACCUGAACCUUCUUUGUUCUGACCUGCCUGUAACUGCAUAUGAUGACCCAUUGCUGAUGUUGUUGAGUGUACUAUGAUCCCACGUUGCUAGUUCACGCAGUGUAAGUGAAAAUGGACCAACUUCUUGCUGUAAUUGUUUUACUACAGAUCCGUUUCCCAGUGUUGACCUUGGUUUGUCUGUACGAAGGCACUUAUGCAUUUUCUUUUCAUUGUUGUGGUGAGGUUUUCUGCAUUUUUCUAGUAUAUAAUCUUUACACAUAAAGUCCACAAGAGUUGCAUGUUUUCAUCAAGCUGACGAUCCUCUUUUUUUUUUUUUUAUAAUGUUCAUUACAUUUCUUUUGAUCCCAGAACUCAGAAAACCUUUUCCACAUUCUACUGGGUUUUUAUUGACGUAAAUAUUUUUUGCUAGGAUGCAGGUUCACACACACGAGUCUUGUAAGAGCCGGCAAGUCGCCGGCUCACAAAGACCUCCAGAAGUGCCAAAACAAGGUUCACAAGGUUGUAGAAAAGAAUUGCUCUCAACUCAACCAUGUAGGAGAGUACUUUGUGCCAUUUUUUAAGUACAUGUGACUAUCAUGAUAUGCAUUAUAGCCUGUUCACCAGUACUGUUUGAAAGUAUCGUUCAUGUUUCAGGUGAAUUGUCUGAGUUGUGUUCUACUUUUGUAACUGUGUAACAAUGCAAGAAAGUGGCAAUGUGACUAAUGUUCUAUGAGCUUGUAUCACUGAGCGAGGAGGCUGAAAUUGGAAAUAAUGUUCAAAGGACAGCGAUUCCUCCAGGUGAAAGAAGUGAGCACUUUCUCAGACAAUGGUAUUAGGUACAGUAUACAUUUUGGAUGAGUUGCUCCUGAAUGGAGAGAUGCUUCUGUGGAUUGUGUAAUUGUCCUGUAUGACUGGAAAUUGAUAAUAUACUUGCUGGUGCUUGCCACACUA